AUGAACAAUUAUAUUGAAAUGCCCCUAAUCCUAGGCCAUCCCAAAACAAAAGCUUUCAUCACUCAUGGUGGAGCUAACGGCAUCUAUGAGGCGAUCCAUCAUGGGAUUCCCAUGGUGGGCAUUCCUUUGUUUGGGGAACAACAUGAUAACAUUGCUCACAUGGUGGCCAAAGGAGCAGCUGUUCAACUGGAUAUAAGAGCAAUAUCAAGGAAAGACUUGCUCAGAGCACUGGAAGAAGUCCUUAACAACCCUGUCUACAAAAAGAAUGCUAUGUGGUUGUCAACCAUUCACCAUGAUCAGCCUAUGAAGCCACUGGAUCGAGCUGUCUUCUGGAUUGAAUUUGUCAUGCGCCACAAAGGAGCCAAGCAUCUGAGGCCACUUUCCCACAACCUCGCCUGGGCCUGGUACCAGUACCACUCUCUGGAUGUCAUCGGAUUCCUACUGGCCUGUGUGGCCACUGUUACUUUCCUUGUCUUAAAAUAUUGCUUGCUUGUUUACCAAAAGGCUUUGAAGAUGGGCAAGAAGAAAAAGAGGGAGUAGAGCUUUCAACACCUCAGGGAAUGGACUAAAAGCCUGUUAAGGAAGAACAUCCUAGUGAUUUUUAGCACAAUCAAACUGGGAGAGAUUCUCUUCCACAUUUUACCUAAACCUAUGCCUUUUGUAUUUUCAAAUGGACCUUACUCUUGAUUAAAAAUGAAGCAAUGUA